GCGGAGAGCCCGUAGCUCGGUGACAUCACGGGGAGGGAGCUCAGAGUAGAUCGUACACAGCUGGCAGAGUGCGGAGAGCCGGAGGCCGGCACAGUAGUGUGAUCACACGCAGGGAACACCCAGCUCAGAAAGAUGGUACAGAAAGGAAUCUGCAGUACUCAUGAAGGGGCAUUUUGACUGAUAACAGAUUUUCAUAUAGCGAAAAAUUGAUUGGAACCCUAAAGAAUGGCAGCUGGUCCACCUCAAAGUGGAGGAGCCACAGGUCCAUUAGGACCUCCUACGAUGGCUAGUCAGUGGAACCCUGCAUCUAUGGCUGUAGCUGUUUGGGAAUGGCAAGAUGAACUUGGCAAGUGGCGGCCAUACAGUAGUCAAGUGAGCAAUUAUAUAGAGCAAUGUAUGCAAUCCCAUCAGCAGCAGAAGACUACUCGGGCUCUUGCGAACAGUAGGAGUAUCUCCCUUGGACAAGUUGACCCUAAAUUAGCUCCGUACAUAAUAGACAUUGCAACUUUGGCACAGUUUCGACAAGACACAGGAACCAUGCGAUAUAUCAGAAAAAUCCUCUGCCUAUUAGACUCUGCUCCAGCUAAGGGCAUUUUCUGGGAGUGGAUUAAUGAUGAUGGAUGUUGGACAGCUUAUGAAACACACAUCAGCAUCAUCCUUGAGGAGAAGUUUAGUAAUAAAAACCCCUCUGUAGACCUUGGAGCAGUUGGACUCCCCUACCUUAUUGACUUUCAAUCACUUGUACAAAUAAAUCAGGUCACUGGAUAUAAACGACGUGUUCAACGGACCGUUGGUACACCUUAUCCUACAACUCCAAAGGCAGGUCCUGCACAUAAGGCAACGGCAUGUGCUUGUCACCAGUGUCUGGCAAACAGCCACGGAGGGCCUAUGCAUCGGUAUCGACAUUCCAUGAUCAAUCUGCCUACAGCCUCAAAUUACCAGAGCGGUGGCCGAACAACCAUGAACAGUGUUGGGUAUUUACCAUAUCCCAAACCUACCAUGACCAGUGCAAAGUCGGCACCAAAGCUUAAUAGCACAUGGGUACCACCCGCUGCGCCAUUGCAACUUCCUGGUCCUUCUGCCAAUGGAAUCGGUAUUCCAUCAGUCCCAGUGCAAAUUCAGAAGUCCAGUUCUAUGAAUCAGGCUUUUGCAGGCAUGGCGGCUAUUCUGAUGUCUGCAGCUGGGCUCCCUGUACGUCUUACCUCUGCACCUCCACCCUCCAACCCACAUGUGACCAGUAAACGCUCUAAAAGCUCAGUUAGAAAAUUGAGGAAAAUGCCAAAAAAAGGAGUUACUGACCCAGAACAAGUUGUGAAGAAAUACGUGGAAACCAUUGAGAAGCCUUCAGAAGAAGACUGUAUUAUUUGUAUGGAGACAUUGUCUACGCCUUCUGGAUACAGUGAAACUUCGGAAAGCAAAUCCAUCAAGCCUACUGCUGUUGGGAAGCUGAAAAAGUGUGGCCAUAUUUUUCACCAGCUCUGUAUGUUUGAAAUGUAUAGCAAUGGGAACAAGGAUGGAAGUCUGCAGUGUCCUUCAUGUAAAACCAUUUAUGGUGAAAAAACUGGAACUCAGCCCAAAGGAAAGAUGGAAAUCUAUUUAAUCCCGCAGUCGUUGCCUGGUCAUCAAGAUUGUGGCACUAUCCACAUUAUAUAUACCAUUAAUCCAGGAAUACAGGGUCCAGAACACCCAAACCCAGGAAGGCCUUAUUCAGCACGGGGCUUUCCUCGCCACUGUUAUCUUCCAGACAAUGACAGAGGAAGAUUGGUACUAGAGCUUCUAAAGGUUGCCUGGGCCAGGCGAUUGAUAUUCACCAUUGGCGUUUCAAGUACAACGGGUGAAUCUGACACUGUGGUGUGGAAUGAAAUCCAUCACAAGACAGAAAUGACCUCAAAUAUAACUGGACAUGGUUUCCCUGACGCAAACUACCUGGACAAUGUUCUUGCUGAGCUUGCCUCUCAGGGAGUGUCCGAAAACUGCUUAAACAUGUAAAAGACUUUCUAGCUGGCUGCCUACUUGUGAUUUGUUGGGGGUGGCGUUCAGUUCAUUUACACAAUGCCUUAAAGUUAUGGCUUAAAUUUGCAUUAUCUAUAUAUAUCUAUAUAUAUAUUUUGGUAAGCAAUACGUAUCUAUUAGGGGUUUACAAAAAUGCUAGGGAAAUAUUUGGUUUAUACAAGACUAGCAUGCGAGCAUAAUGCCAACCCUGCAGGACAGGGGCCAACCAUUAUAAGUGUUCCAUUUGGUCUUUCCCAACAUGUGUUCAUCAUUGUGAGAUGUCUUCUACAGAUGGCCUACACUCGAAAAGAUCUGUUUGUUUUGGUGGUGCAGGGUAAUGGGGCAGCCGGUGUGAAACAAUUUAAAUCCCUUCUGCAAAUGUCCAAGAUCAAGCAGGUUUACCCCAGUCUUUGUCCUUGCCUGCACACAAUAUUUCUGUCUGAAUUUAAAUGAAAUGAUUGGGGACAUACACACAAGGACCUACUGUUUUGGACAAAAAAAUCAGUAUGCAAGUACACUAGCCAACAACAAUUUAUCUGCAUGGUCAUUUCAGUGAUCAGACUCCAAUAAAGUGAACUUAAUGGCUCGGGGUUACUAUAAGUUUGUACUAUCUUUUUUAACAGAACCAGUAAGCCGGGCAGACUACUGCAGUCUGAGCUGCAAUGUGUGGAGAUUGCCAGCAGAAAGUUAAUUUUGCUGUAUGUUCACAUCGGGAUUGCAGAAGUUACCUAAUACUUAUGAAGUUGCCUAUUACCUGUUUGCCUGGCUCUGCAUCCCCAAAAUAACAUCAAAGAAGAGCAGAAGCUAAGUGUCCCAUUGAUCAAAUAAAAAGCAAAAUCUUUAGAAAAUUUUAA